AGCAGUCAUACAGGGGUCAAACCGGCGCCCGAGCAGUCACAAUCGAAGAUGGCGAUCACGAGCAACUCGACUACCGUACAGCUUCCAGCUCAACGAUGACAGUUAGCCACGUAUGGAGCCACGGCCAAGGAGGCCGACCCGAAAACCACGGUACCGGAAUGAACAGCUGCCUUCACGAGCGCUACAUCGAAAUCGCGCGUCAAUUCGGAUGUGAUUCAUAUUGGAUGGACACACCCUGCAUACCGCAAGACCAUCAACUACGAAGAGAAGCCAUCCAACACAUGAACAGCGUCUUCGCCACCAGCAAAUUAACCCUAGUCUGCGACCGAGACCUCAUGCUCAUCGAUGUGAGCAAUCCCUCAACCGAAUUAUACGAAUCCUUGCUCUCCGUACUCCUAGUCUGCGAUUAGAACGUAAGAGCCUAGACAUUCCUAGAAGCGAAUCGUGGCCGAAACAAUGUGCACCUCCUAUGUAAAGACGACCAAGUCGUGCCCCUGCGGGAAGUAAUCAACGACGUCGCUGAAAGGGGUGAUAUAGCUAUCGCGACUCUCCUCUCAACAGCGCAGCAUUUAAUGCCAGCCCGAACUCUCCCCGUAGGAGGCACUCCAAGUGCCGCAAUGACCAACCGCGCUCGCGGGUUUGUAUCCAUCCACGAAGCAUCUUGUCUUCUAAGCCAUCGGCAUGCCUCCCGCGAAAACGACGAAGUAAUAAUCUGGAGUUUACUCUGCGGCGACGAUGUCAAAGAAACCGCUAUUGAUCUUUGGAGAAGUAUGGUAAAUCGCAUAAUCCCCACCGGUUUUCUAAUGUCUAGUCACCCUCGAAUUGGGUAUGAGGUCGAAGCCAAUGGAGGGUUCGGCUGGGCGCCUCGACGUCCAGAUAUGCCUGGCGAUGAUACUAACGGGGAAGCAAGGAAAUUCUUUGCAGAUGACGGCUCGAAAAGUACCUACGGUUUCGUUAAACCUGAAGGAUUCCGUGCGAAGUGGCUUGUUGCUGAAUUUAAAACAGACUUACGACUACGACGUAUACUAAAUAAUACAGCACGGGAUUUAAAAUACGAGCGGUUUCGUGUCGAUCGUGAGCUUCAGCGUAUUGCUGCACAAUAUCUAGAAAGCUAUCGCUGGGGCGCUCUAAUCCAACCAGGGGAGGCCCCUUUAGCAGACGCAGCCAUUCAAUACCGCAGUGAUUCAGACGGCGUUUUAGUUGCGAUAAUCGGUUCUAAUUGUAAGGAGAAAUGGUAUUGGAUGGGUGUAUAUGAAUGGAAGGUAUCCAUUCCGCUUCCGGCACUCCGCCGGCGGGAAAUAUUGUUGGUGUAGAGGUUUGAAAUGGGCGGUACGUCGAAGUCUGUUU